CAUAAAUUAUUAUGAUAUGACUCGAUUUCACUAUAUUUCAUUUCAGUAUGCUUUGAGAAUGUGUUGGUAUUAUUCCUCGAAUAACGAUUUGGGUGCUGGAUAAAUACGAGUUGCUGUUCAUCAUUGUAGUUUGAGGCAAUAGAAAUAAGUUCCUGGUUUAUUCGGUCUUAUGAUUGCACGUUGAAUUAUACACGUGUGUUUACAAGUUUACAAUUACAUUAAAAUGCAAAUAAUUAAAGAAAUAUUGUGCUUAGGCUGGUGCUGCUUAUUCAUUAUUGAAUUCUUUGCUAUGGUCAGUGCCGAAUGGAACACCAAUGAUUAUAUGAAACGAGAACAUUCCCUUAUUCGACCUUAUCAAGGAUCAGGAAUGACAAUACCAUACUGGGAUUUUGUGGGCAGUACAUUAGUUACAAAUAAUUAUGUACGAUUAACACCAGAUGUCCAAAGUCAACAAGGAGCUAUUUGGAAUACAGUGCAAUGUAAUGCAAGAAAUUGGGAAUUACAAGUACAAUUUAAAGUUCAUGGUAAAGGUACAGAUUUAUUUGGUGAUGGUUUUGCCAUUUGGUAUGCAAAAGACAGGAUGAAACCAGGACCAGUUUUUGGAAGUAAAGAUUUCUUUCAUGGUUUGGGAGUAAUACUUGAUACGUAUAGUAACCAUAAUGGUCCCCACAAUCAUCAACAUCCCUACAUAUCAGCAAUGAUAAAUAAUGGUUCGCUUCAUUAUGAUCACGAUCGUGAUGGCACUAAUACUCAAUUGGCAGGUUGUGAAGCCAAAUUCAGAAAUUUGGAGUAUGAUACUCAUAUUUCAAUAAGAUAUGAAAGUGACACAUUAACAGUAUCUACUGAUAUGGCAAGUAAAGCUGCAUGGAAAGAAUGUUUCUCUGUAAAAGAAAUUAAGUUACCAACUGGAUAUUUUUUUGGCAUAAGUGCAACUACGGGUGAUUUAUCAGACAAUCAUGAAAUUUUAUCUGUAAAAUUAUUUGAACUAGAUUCGUCAAAUGAUUUAAAAGAUGAAGAAGAUAGAUCAAAAAUUAUUCCAUCAGCAACAUUCUUUGAAUCUCCAAGAGAUCACGUAGAUGAUCCAAAACCAUCAUCGUUGAGUGGAGUUAAGAUUUUCUUAUUAAUGCUAGUUGGUGCUCUAGCCAUUAUUGCUUGUGUUGUAAUUGGAAUUAUGUUCUAUCAGAAGCAUCAAGAAAACAGUAGAAAGAGAUUUUACUGAUGAUUAUAUAUAUAUAUAUGAUUUAGUGAAUUUUUUUAAACAAUGACAGACAUUCCUUUAAGAAAAUAUUUCAUUUAUGAAGUACUGUGUUUAUAUUGGUUUUCAUGAAUGCUGAUUAAUUAUAAACAAGUUUUAUCUGUGUUGAAAUAAGUUUAUUUGUGCGUUUGUGAAUAUAAACUUUUGGGAUUGUGUGAUAUUCAGUUAUAGGUACAAGUUUUUUAUGUGCAAACUACAUAAUAUAGAUUUGAAUCUAUUUAUUUAUAUUGUAAUUAAGCAAUUGAGUGAUAAUUGUUGGUGUAAUAUUUAGAUUUUAAUGUUUUUAACUGGACAUUAAAUA